AUGGAUUCAAACAGCCCCAAGAAGCCCCGCCGGCAUAAGAAACACAAACUCAAGAGCCUGGAGCGAUUCGCCAAUAGGUUUCCUUACAGGUUUUCUUGGUUGACGGAGUCCAGGCCAGUGUCCCCACAGUCUUGGAAGGUCAAGAAAAACCCCCUGAAGGACCAGCUGCCCUUACAGAAGAAGCUGGUGCCAACACGGUCCAUCCCCUUGCCAGGGGUCGCUUCUUUGGACUUCACAAGGCCAUUCUGCUUCCUAUCACCACCCCCACAUCCCCCGUUGGGUAAACUCUGGGAGCUAAAAUUACUGAACAGUCGUUUCCCUAAACAAGACCUUCACAAGCUGCCUCCUCAGGCCCGUGCUAACCAACGCUACACCAGUGGGACUUCAGGACCAUCUGUGAGCUUUUCCUAG